CUUGGUAAGGUACAUUAGACUGUACAUACAUUUCAAAAAAAAUUUACUGGUUAAAUAAUAAUACUUUUUUGUUUUGUUUUUAUUAAAAAUAUUACUAAAUAAUUUAGAAUUAGUAGAAAAAUAUUUUCGUUGUUGCAACACUGAACAACACAUGUCAAAUUCAAAAUGGCUUCGAAACAACAAAGUGUUGGCGGGACCCGGAACUUACAACUAACUCGCGCCCAUAAGAUCUUGGCUUUGGUACCCGCUCAAAACGCAUGCUCUGACGAUAGUUCCACAUCUGAUGAGGAAGCAAAUGCUUAUAUACCGCCUUCACCAGAUACCUCUGAUCCACCUUCAAUAGCAUCAUCACUAAAUUAUCAAUGGUUAAAAGCAGUAUUUCGUCACAAUGUAUCUCUUGAAGAAAACUUAUACAAUCUCCAUCAAACACAAAUAGAGACAGUACUGGAUUAUUUUAUUUCUUUUUUCUCCUGA